CGUGAAUAAUCAUUGUUCUCAAGUAAUUAAUUUUCUUCAAUGGUAUUCAAGAUUGUCCUCAUCGUCUUCUAUGUUUUUCUUUCUCACGAAUUGCGCCCUUCAAUGGCGCAAACUUGGGUCAGAGCUGGUUAUUAUUGGAAAUCAUCAUACAGUUAUGAGCUCCCCAUUUCCAACGUAAAUUCUUCUCUCUUCACCCAUCUUAUUUAUGGCUUUGCCGGUGUGAAUACCACAACAUACCAGCUCUCUUUUCCAUCACCUUAUGAUGAACUACUAAUCUCCAAUUUCACAGACACUGUGAAGCAAAAGAACCCAUCAGUCAACACACUUUUGUCCAUUUUCCUCAUUGUUAAGCAAUGAUUCUCAUAGAAAAUCUUUCAUUGAUUCAUCAAUAAAAAUGGCCAGGCUUUAUGGCUUUGAAGGCCUAGAUCUUUGGUAUACUGAUGCAAAUACAAGCAAUGAAAUGUUGAAUAUGGGAAUUCUAUUCAGAGAAUGGCGAGCUGCUGCUGUUCAAGAGGCAAGAAACUCGAGGCAGUCGCAACUUAUCUUGACUGCCUCAGUUAAACAUUUACCAAAUUAUUCUGAUUCGGCAAUUUUUCCAAUAGAAUCCACACAGAAGUACUUGAACUGGGUUCAUGUUUUUACUUGUGAUUAUAAAAAGCCAACAAUUACAAACUUUACAGCUGCUCCUUCAGCUCUGUAUGAUCCAAGUUGUAUUAAUAAUACUGAUUAUGCUAUAAUGGCAUGGAUCAAUGGAGGACUAGCAUCUAAUAAGCUUGUCUUCUGUUUGCCUCUGUAUGGCUAUGCAUGGAAACUUGCCAAUCCUCAGGUCAAUGGUAUUGGUGCACCAGCAAGGGGACCAGCUAACAUAGAGGAGCAAGGAUUCGUGAGUUAUAAUCAAAUCAAGAGAGAUUAUAUCGAACCAUAUGGAACUAGUAUUACGUUCAAUGCAACAUAUGUGGUGAAAUACUUCACAGUAGGGACAUCUUGGAUUGGCUUUGAUGAUGCCGAAGUCGUUAGAAUCAAAAUUUCUUAUGCCAAAGAUAAAAAGCUACUUGGUUACUUUGUGUGGCAAGUCUACAUGGACUAUAAUUGGGAGCUUUCUCGAGCUGCAGCGGAAGAGGAUAGAAUUAAUUUUCCAACUCACGAAAGUGAUCAAACUGGAAGAAGUAAUAGGCGUAAGACAGUAAUAGUUUGGACGACAACUGCAACUGCUGUUCUCUUACUAGGCUUUGCCAUUGUCUAUUGCUGGAUGAGAAAGCUCAAAAGAAAAGGAGUGGUAGACUCAGCCAAACAAUCAAAUGAUGAAGUACCUUGUGGAGAUUUUACAAAAAAAACGAUCUUAAUCUGGUAAUAUAUACUUGGGUUGAGAUUGAAGCAGCAACAGACAGAUUUUCAUUUCGAAACAAGCUUGGCGAAGGUGGUU